AUGUGGCCGGUACUCGCGUUGGGCUCCGCGCUGGCCUUUUGCUUCGUCAGCGUUUGCGACAAGCGGCUGCUGUCAUUCCACCUGCAUGGCGUCCCGCCCCUAUGCCUGUGGUGCGGGGCCACCGGACUGAUCUACGGGAUGAUCGUGGUCAUCAUCGUGGGUGUGCCGGCCGGCACCGCGUGGCAAGUCGCGGUUGCCCCCGUUGGCGCCGGCCUGUUCAUGGGGUGCUCCGUUGUGCUCCUGUUUCGCGGCCUGCGCCUCAUGGAGGCUUCUCGGGCGGUCGCGAUUUCUCAGACCAAUCCGAUUUUCGUCGCCAUUCUGGCCCUGUGGUUCCUGGACGAGCACAUCUCACUGAUCCAGUGGUGCGGUAUUAGCCUGGUGGUCGGCGGAGCCGUCCUCAUCUCCGUGCGGCUGUUCCAGGAACGACCCUUUACCCGCAUCGACCCUGGCCUGGCUAUCCCCAGCACCACCGUCUUCGACUUGCGCGAUCGUGGCGCGAUUUACGGCCCGGCGCUCCUUUUCGUCAGCGCCUUUUGCGCCGCGUCCAGCUUCGUCGUGACCAAAGCGGCGCUCAACGCCGACCUGCCAGUGUUGACCGUAUUCGGCAUCCAGCAGGCCACUGUGGGCGUGGUCUUCCUGUGCGUUGGGCUGACCGGUGGUCCACGGUUGAUGGGCGCGGUGAAGGAACCCAAGGUCCUGGCGAUGCUCCUGUUCGGCGAAUCGCUGAUGCCGGCUAUCUCGAUCCUUCUUGCCGUCUACGCUUACAGCCUGGGACCUGCCUCCCUGGUGGCAGCGGUGCUCGCGACGCGGCCCCUGUUCGUGUUCAUCGCGACCACCCUGCUGUCCCGUAUGCGCUGGCAGUUCCUCGACGAGUCGCUGAACCCCAGGGUGCUGUCGGUAAAAGCGGCGUCUAUAGUUAUGAUUGUUGGCGGUGUGGGCACACUCAGCGUGGGGUGA